AUGACACAUUAUGGGCAAUGUGUCGACACUACAUACCCCUUACCUGAUUUUGGAACACAAAGUCCACUUAAGACCACUAAGAUUUUACAACCAACUCUACUAAACAUGGAAUCCUGGCUGGUGGAUGUGAAACGCGUGAGGAUCCCAAGACCAAAAUUUGGAAGCGGCAACCGAUGCUACCCUGCUGAACCCCCAAAAGACUAUCUUUACGACGAAAGACCUGAAGAACUCAAAUUUAAGACAAACAUGGUUAAGGUCACCGAAGACCUCAGAAGGGCCUUUCAAGAAAAGCUGUGACAGACAUAACCUUACUCUUUAAUUUUACUCUAUUUAACUAUAUGUGUUUUACGAUGGUGGGUUUUUAAU